AUGAGAAUCACACCUACCUGUGCUCCUCCUCCGUGCCCUGUGGCGUCCCUCCUCCCUCCCUGCCCGAGCUCGCUGCUCCUCAUUCUCCUCUCGGUCUCCCGCCACCGAGUCCAGCUGUGGCCCUCGCAGGGCGCGCUCGCUGGCUCUCACCUGACAGGUCCCUGGCCUCAGGACGACAGCCAGGACCAACACGCUCCCUACAUGAGGGACAAAGCGACCCAGACCCCCAGGGCCUGGGCAGAUGAGAGGAGGAGGGGCUCUCACAAACGCUCGGCCUCCUGUGGGAGCACCGACCAGCUCAAGGAGAUUGCCAAAUUGCGUCAGCAGCUCCAGCGCAGCAAACGCAGCAGCCGCCAUCGGAGGGAAAAAGACCGCAAGUCCCCGUUCAAUGGCAGCCACACCAUCAUCCAGUCCCAGUCGCCCAUGCCCAAGACCAUCCUGAUACCCAUCCCUAUAGCCAAGUCAUCGGCCCCUCGCUUCCGCAACAGCAUGGAGGGCCUCAACCAGGAGAUAGAACGCAUCAUCAUCCGAGACACCCCCGAGAAGGAAGAGACCAUUGUUCCACAGGACGUUCCAGAUGGGCACCGUGCCCCCCCACCUGUCCCCCCGCAGCAGCGCAGCAGCAGCACGCGCAGCAUCGACACACAGACACCCUCGGGGGGCGGCCUGAGCAGCAACCAUAGCAACUGCAGCAGCCGCCCUGACUCCAUCUCGCCCUCCUACCUCACCGUCCUCAACGACACCAGUGGAGGCAGCCCCUACGAGGAGAAAGAGCUGGGACCCUACUCACCGCUGCCGAAGUACGCUGCCUCUCCCAGACCCAACAACAGCUACAUGUUCAAGAGGGAGCCUCCAGAGGGCUGCGAGAAGGUCAAAGUGUUCGAGGAGUCCAUGCCCAAACUUCUGCAGGACAUCCCAACCUUCCUGUGUCCCGACCGCAACAAGGUCAACUUCAUCCCCAACAGCGGCUCUGCCUUCUGCCUUGUCAGCAUCCUGAAGCCCUUACACCCCGCCCCGGAGCUCAGCUUCCGCCCCGGGGUGGGCCUGCGGAGCCUGUCCCCGGCCCUCGUGCCUCUGUCCACCCAGCCCUGCCUCCUGGAGGAGCCCGAGAGCUUCUGACCAGGUUCUCAAGUCGCCACAAAACAAGCAUCCCCCCCCCCCCCUUCCCAGCGAAAUCAGAAAACAUUUGAAAUUAGGAAACAACCCUCCUGCUCCAAAAAAUGCCUUCAGCAUGCCAGCUACGCUCUCUCUGAUGUCCUGAUCUUGUUGAAACGUGCUUCCCACUGCCUCUCCUCCUCAGACGACUCGAGAGCCCUGCAGCGCCGUGCGGGCGGUGCAGCCAACAUCUCAUCGCUUUCUUCUACCUUCAGUGCUGCUGGUUAUGUUCCUGUUUUUUGGGAGAAAAAGGCUAAAAAAAGGACAGACUCUUUUUUUUUCAUCGUAUUAUACCAUGGCGCCUUUCCACGGACAUAUCUCUUUUUCUAUAUGUAGUUAUUUCUCUUGAUAUGAAAUAUGCCUUCCAUUAUGAAUAAGAACUGCUGGUUUCCUUGGCGGCCAAGAGAUUGACAACAGAGGCUAAUUCUGGUGCUGCCUGAUCUAUCGUAGCAAAACCUGAAGGGUCGUGAAAAGGAGAAGUAAAGAAAACGUGCCUGAUUUUUUUAGACUGCUCAGUUUCUCCAAACCAGCUUAGUGCUGCGAUCGUGUUCGCUCAUGAUCUUUGCACUAAGGUGGCCAUAGAUACACACAGAAGAACAGGGCCAGUCUGAAAACAUACAAGCGAGGAGGUGCAGAGUCC